GAACUUGAGAGAUUGAGUGGUGUGGGUGUGGGUCAGCACUUCAGCAGUGACUCAAAUUUGAGGAACUAAGGCUGAGAAUCUACCAUCAGAGACGUCACAUGGUGAUGAGUGGCCACUUCUGUGGUUUUUACCAGAAUGUUACUGGAGGAGGAAAGACGUUGAAGAGAUAGCAAAAUGUCUUAUUCCGUUCUGAUGUGGCGGGGGUUCUGACAAGCCUGUGCCUGCUCGCUGCUGAAACGCUAUGUUUAAGAUAUUGUUUAGGAGCAAGACCAGGUUACAAGAGGUGAAAUCAGAAAUCACAGGGAUAGAGAAGGAGUUUGCCUCUUUAAUGUGUAAGGAUGAAGGGAACGUGAAAGAGAUUAACAUCACGCACCAUGUGAAGGAAGGUUCCGAGAAGGCUGACCCAUCCCACUUCGAGCUGCUGAAGGUUCUGGGCCAGGGGUCCUUUGGCAAGGUGUUUCUGGUGAGGAAGGUCAAGCCGCCGGACUCUGGCCAGCUCUACGCCAUGAAGGUCUUGAAGAAAGCGACACUGAAAGUGCGGGAUCGUGUACGAACUAAAAUGGAGCGGGACAUUCUGGUGGACGUGAAUCAUCCGUUCAUAGUGAAGUUACAUUAUGCGUUUCAGACCGAAGGAAAGCUCUACCUCAUUCUGGACUUCCUCCGAGGAGGUGAUCUGUUUACUCGCCUCUCUAAAGAGGUGAUGUUCACUGAAGAAGAUGUGAAGAUUUACCUGGCGGAGCUGGCUCUGGCACUGGAUCACCUGCACAGCUUCGGCAUCAUCUACCGCGACCUCAAGCCCGAGAAUAUUUUGCUGGAUGAAGAGGGACACAUUAAGCUAACAGACUUCGGGCUGAGCAAGGAGGCGAUCGACCACGAGAAGAAAGCCUACUCGUUCUGUGGCACAGUGGAGUACAUGGCUCCGGAGGUGGUGAACCGUCGCGGGCACACGCACAGCGCAGACUGGUGGUCCUUUGGGGUCCUGAUGUUUGAAAUGCUCACCGGCUCGCUGCCGUUCCAGGGGAAGGAUCGAAAGGAGACGAUGACACUGAUUCUGAAGGCUAAGCUGGGGAUGCCUCAGUUCUUGAGUUCCGAAGCACAAAGCUUGCUGCGAGCACUUUUCAAGAGGAACGCCGCAAACCGAUUAGGAGCUGGUACGGAUGGUGCAGAGGAGCUCAAGAGACAUCUUUUCUUCGCAACUAUUGACUGGAACAAACUGUAUCGAAGAGAAAUGAAGCCUCCAUUCAGACCAGCAGUAGCCAGGCCAGACGACACCUUCUAUUUUGAUCCAGAGUUUACAGAGCGAACGCCAAAAGACUCUCCGGGUGUCCCUCCCAGUGCCAGUGCUCACCAGCUGUUCCGUGGCUUCAGCUUUAUCGACUCUGGACUCGAGAAAGAGGAAGGAAAGUCGGACGUUCCCAUCCAUCCGCUCUUGCAUCCUGUAGUGAAGCAAAUGCACGGCAGCAACAUGACCCUAACUGAUGGUUACGAGAUGAAGGAGGAUAUCGGAGUGGGCUCCUACUCUGUCUGCAAGCGAUGCAUCCGCAAGGGGACAAACUCGGAGUACGCAGUCAAGAUAAUCGACAAGAGCAAGAGAGAUCCCACGGAGGAGAUUGAGAUCCUGCUGCGGUACGGCCAGCACCCCAACAUCAUCACGCUGAAAGACGUCUACGAUGAUAAUAAGAGUGUGUAUCUAGUGACUGAACUGAUGCGAGGGGGGGAGCUCCUGGACAGAAUAUUACACCAGAAAGGUUUCUCCGAGCGGGAGGCCAGCACCCUGCUUCACACCAUCGCCAAGACCGUGGAAUAUCUGCACUCUCAGGGGGUGGUGCACCGGGACCUGAAACCCAGCAACAUCCUGUACGUAGACGAGUCCGGGAAUCCGGAGUCCAUCCGGAUCUGUGACUUUGGAUUUGCCAAACAGCUUCGCGCCGAGAACGGGCUCCUCAUGACGCCGUGCUACACGGCCAACUUUGUGGCCCCGGAGGUCCUGAAGCGGCAGGGAUACGAUGAAGGAUGUGAUAUCUGGAGUCUUGGAAUCCUGCUGUACACCAUGCUGUCCGGGUACACUCCAUUUGCCAACGGCCCAGACGACACGCCAGGGGAGAUCUUGGCCAGGAUUGGCAGCGGUCGGUACACCUUGCAAGGUGGAAACUGGAAUAAGAUCUCGUCAGCGGCAAAGGAUCUUGUCUCCAAGAUGUUGCACGUGGAUCCCCAUCGCCGUUUGACAGCAAAUCAGGUCCUGAAACACUCCUGGAUCGUGAACCGGGAGCAGCUGCCCCAGAACCAGCUGAACCGGCAGGACAUCCAGCUUGUGAAGGGGGCCGUGGCUGCCACCUUCUCAGCUCUGAGCAGCUCCCCGCCAACGCCCAAGCUGGAGUCGGUGAAGGCCUCGACCCUGGCCCAGCGCAGGGAGCUUCGGAAGCUGCCGUCCACCUCACUGUGAGGCAGCCUCGGGCCACGGCUCACCUCACACACAGCCCCGGGAGGAGGACCAUUACUGCUCAUGCACUGGCAGAGACUAUGGACUUUUUCGUGCUGAGCAGACUGCCUUCACUGAGAGGCGGAGAUUCACAGGAGCUUGCUUUUGUACAGAAAUUUUGGAAGAACCUGAGAUACUUGUGAGGGGUGGGAAGGGAGAGGGAGUGG